AUGGCCACAGAGGGAGAAUCUGUAAUUGUGAAGGCAUUCUUGCCCACAGUCCCGCUCCCCGCAAAUAGCGAGCGCGCAGCAAUAACAACGGAUCGCUUACUCGUCCGUCCCCUCCAACCAACCGACUUGGAAGAGUUACACGUCUUGCGCACACAGGAAGAAGUCAUGCGAUGGACCAAGGCGGGGUGUAUCGACGAAAGUCUCGAGGAGACAAAAUCCAAACUGGAUGCAUUCCUACCACCAAACGAUCUUAUCACCGCCAAUUGCGCCAUCUGCCUGAAGAAAACGGGCGAGCUUAUCGGUAUCGGUGGCUGUCAUCUGUAUCCUGGAACGCAUGGGUGGCCUGAAGUUGGAUACAUGCUUCGGACGGACGCUUGGGGGAAAGGCAUCGCGACAGAGUUCUUGAGUUCCUGGCUGCGGUUUUGGUCAGAAUUGCCUCGGACGGAGCGGGAGGUCGGAGUUCAGAAAGGAAUGGUCGUUGGAGAAGGUGUAGUGGAUGAGUGCCUCAUCGCUAUCACGGAAGCAAGCAAUAGUGGAAGCCAGAGGGUACUGUUGAAAUGUGGAUUUGAGCGAUUCCGCGAGUUUUCCGAGGUGGAUGGUACCAAGACCGUGAACCUUGUUGCUUUCCGUUUUCUUCCAAGGCGAUAG